AAUAUGAGGGUCGAAAGCAGUGGUUCGAAGCGAGUGAUAGGCUGACGUUCAUCUUGUUGGACAAGAAGGUGCUAUCAAGGGGAUGCUUAACAUCGACUUCAUUUGACCUUGAUUUCCAGGAAAUAAAUAAUGCCGAAAUUAAAGCGAUGAUCGGUGACGUUAAUCUGUUUAUCCAGCCUUCACUUGCCGAGAAUGACUGCGACAAUCCAGACGAUGUUCUGGAGGACUUUAAAGGACUUGAUGUUAUGCCUUAUUCUCACGUGAAUAAUGGUUUAACCGUGGCAUCCUUUAUUUUGACUUUGCCAGGUGAGCUAUCCGUUAUGAUUGCCGAAGAGCGGGCCCGUGGUCGAGGUCUAGCUUGUGAAGCGAUGGCUGCUCUUCUUUCAUUUUCUGCUGAUAAUCUCUGCAUUGAAUUGUCUGGGAUUGUCUCAAAAGUGUCACUUGACAAUCACGCAAGCAUUCAUCUGUUCAAGGAUAAGCUUAAUUUCGUCGAACGGGCUCGUAGCGACGUUUUCAGUCAGGUAUGUGCAAUUGACCUCUGCCACCUGUCUUGCGUACUGAUCGUGCAUUUACGAUGGACUGUUUCUGUUCCUGAAACCAUCCAGCAAAUAAUUUGUGUUCAAUUAUUCUUAACGGCGGUUGUGCAUUUGUCUUUGCAACUAUAUUUCUGUUAUCAUUGCUGGCCUUAG